UUGAUGAAGCGCCAAAAUGCUGUGAGAAACGCUAACGGUUCGCCUUGUAGCUUUCUCAAGCUGUGCAAAACCAAGUACUACAACUUCUCGCCAGUCCACAGCGUCCAACCCAACUUUUCGUUCCAAACCGGCGAUCCGAUCGGCCCCAAUUCCAAAGACAGCGAUGGCGGGCGCUCCAUCUGGGGCCAACUGGACUCAUCGAACCCCGCAAAGAAGACGUUCAAACCCGAGUUCCGACCAAAAUUGAAGCACGAGGAGAUGGGCACCGUCAGCAUGGCCACAGCGCCGGCGCCAGAUGACCCGGACGCGCGAUUCGCUGGCAGCCAAUUUAUCGUCACGCUUGGUCAGAAUAUUGAUUUCUUGGACGGCAAGGCAGCUAUAUUUGGACAAGUCGUGGAGGGUUUUGACACGCUGGAGAAGAUCAACACAGCUUUCAUCGACGACAAGGGCCAGCCGCUGAAGGACAUUCGCAUUCUACACACCGUGGUUCUGGACGACCCAUACGAUGACCCUCCAGGUUUGGUGGAACCACCAGAGAGCCCCGUACCGUCUGCAGCGCAGCUUGCUACUGUGCGCGUGGGGCAUGACGAGAACCUGGAAGAAGAGCGGGACGAGGAAGCCCUGGAGAAGGUGCGACGCGAGCGUGAGGCGCGGGCCCAAGCCCUGACGCUUGAAAUGGUUGGCGAUCUGCCGUUUGCCGAAGUCGCACCCCCGGAAAACGUCUUGUUUGUGUGUAAAUUGAAUCCAAUCACGCAGGACGAAGACCUGGAGCUCAUCUUUUCGCGGUUCGGGAAGAUUCUGAGUUGCGAGAUUAUCCGAGACAAGCAAACAGGCGACAGCUUGCAGUAUGCUUUCAUUGAGUUUUCAAGCCAGAAGGAAUGCGAGCAGGCCUACUUCAAGAUGGACAGUGUUUUGAUCGACGAUCAUCGCAUUCACGUGGACUUCUCUCAGAGUGUAUCCAAGAUUGCUGACGAUUGGCGCGACAAUGCUGUGAAGAAGCGGAGAAAGGCAGCGGGUGGUUUUGGAGGAAUCGACAACCUGGAGAGGAAGAAGCAGUACCGCGAAGGCCAUGGUAGGCAGAUUGCCAGCGAUUCUGUGGUGAACAAUCUCGUCAUGGACCGCGCUGCGCCUGCCAAAGAGGCAGAGGAACGUCCAAAAGUGUCAAAUGGUAGUCGAAGAGACGACCGACGAGGUGAUCGAAGAGAUGAUGGUCCGCGACGCGAGCGGAGGGAGCAAUAUCACGAUGAUCGCUGGAAGAGAGACCGCAGUCGAAGUCCCAGACGGGAUCGUGGUCGCGAUGAUGGGAGGUAUGAAGAUCGCCGACGAGAUCGUAGCAGAGACCGACAGAGGGAUUCUCGUAGAGACAGGAGUCGGGAUCAUUAUGGGAGGGAUGAUAGAGACGGUCGCAGACGACGGGAUUAA